GUGACAUCGAAAGGGUAUGUGAAGUUGUGAACACAAAACUAUAUAAAAUAGAGAGAGUGAGGAUAAGAUUACUAGUGGAUGGACUUCAAAUUUGGCUCCUCUUCCAACCUGUCUUUUUCUUUGCUACACAAUAUACAUUUUUGUAACCCCCCAUACACAUUUCAACAUAAAACUAUAUAGUCAUCCAAUUGAAUGAUUUUUUUUUUCUUUUAACCAAGGUAUCAUUAUCAAACACUGUUUCAAAAAUCAAUAAUAGAAUUUGGCACCACCAAACAAACAUUUUUUUUGUAAAAAUAGACCUCUCAAAAAUAUCAUAGAAUUAAAGAAUACUUUUUAUUUUAUUUGUUUGUCCAUCAUCAUCUUCAUCAUCAUCAUUUCGCCGUUAAGUUUCUCUCUCUCUCUGUUUCCACCCAUUAUAGAAUUCAGUGAAUCAACAACAACAAGAUUCAUUACUUUUCUCCAAAAAACUUUCUUCAAGAUCUGUUCUUUUAAAUAAUUAUGGCGGAAGAACAUCGAUGCGAGACGCCUGAAGGUCACCGUCUCUGCGUUAACAACUGCGGUUUCUUCGGAAGCUCAGCGACAAUGAAUCUAUGUUCAAACUGUUACGGCGAUCUCUGUCUCAAACAACAACAACAAGCUUCCAUGAAAUCAACCGUCGAAUCAUCUCUCUCUCCGGUGAUCGCACCUGUUCUCGAAAACUACGCGGCGGAGUUAGAGAUCCCGACGACGAAGAAGACAGAGGAGAAAAAACCGAUUCAAAUUCCGACGGAGCAACCGUCUCCGCCGCAACGGCCGAAUCGAUGCACCGUAUGUAGGAAACGGGUCGGGUUAACCGGGUUUAUGUGUCGGUGUGGGACGACUUUUUGUGGGAGUCAUAGGUAUCCGGAGGUUCAUGGUUGUACGUUUGAUUUCAAAUCGGCGGGACGUGAAGAGAUCGCGAAAGCUAAUCCGUUGGUUAUUGCGGCGAAGCUUCAGAAAAUAUGAAUCGGAGCCGUUGACCGAUUUCUAUCUUUACCCUGAGAAAAUUUCGAUUGUCUCGGUGGAUCUCAGCCGUUCAUUAUGUUAUUGUAUUACGGACACGUGUCGCAAGAUUAAGGUUGAGAUGGUUUCGUAACUUUUUAAUUAUUUUCUUUGUUUAUUUCCGAAGAAAUUAAAGUUUUUAUGAUUGUGUGGCUUUUGCUUGUAAAAAAAAAAAGGGUUUCUCUUUGGGAAAAAGAAAAGAAAAUAUAUGAAAUUGUGUCUCGCGUUUUGGAUAAUGUUUUAUACCGACAGAAACAGUACAAAGACGUUUUGAUCAUUUCAAAACGUUAGAUCAUUGAAGAAAAUGAAGCUCAUGUCCUUAUUGACGUUUGUUUGCUGAUUUUAAUUCUUAGAUUUGUGAGGAAAAUGGAAUAUAAGUUUUAGGUCAGUUGAUUUAGACUUUUAUCUGAAUCAGUUUACCUAAUCAUCUCUAAAGCAUUUAGCUAAGGUUGUUUGUUCUUAAUGCUUUAUGGUCAAAUGUUUGUAAGCUUUUUAGGCAUAAUAUAAGGCCGGAUUCAUUUUGGUAAAGACGAGGAUACAAUAGCUUCGAAUGUGUGGCCAUGUUUCGCUAAGCGAUCAUCAACUUGAUUUGUCUUUUGGUAUGUGAAAGAAAAGGAGGUUCCAUCAAACAUCUUUCAGCUCACUUGAAAAUUAUUUGAAAUGUCUUUCAUACAUUUAUGAUCUAUCAAUGAAUACAAAUGAACUACUAUUUUUCUCUUCAAAUAAUUAUUCUCUUUCUGUUGACAUUAUGAAA